AUGGGUAUGUUGACCACAGCUUUUAUGUUUGUCACACUUGUUUUCACACAAAGCCAAGCAUUUAGCAGCAGCCCAGAAAAUCCAAUGAAAUGCAUUGAACGAGAGCGGAUAGCACUUUCCGAGUUCCGCAAAAGCCUAACUGAUGAAUGGGGCCGAUUAUCCUCGUGGACAGGACAAGAAUGCUGUUCAUGGGCAGGGAUCAGGUGCAGCAACAAAACAGGUCACGUCUUACGACUAAACCUUCACAAUCCGACCCCCGACACUUUCUACAACUCCCAGGAUGAGGCAUACAUCUCAUACUACACUAAAUCCUGUUUAAGAGGCCGCCUAAACCCGGCUAUACUCAACCUCCACAGCUUACAGCUUCUCGAUCUCAGCCACAACAACUUUUCAGCUUCUCCCAUUCCUCACUUGCUGACUUCCAAAAGUCUGCAUUGGGUUUUGGGCCUUUCGUCUUUGAGACAGCUGAACCUGUCGGGAGUUUACUUGGGCCGAGCCGCGGAAUGGUUGGGCCCACUUAGCGGGCUACCUUCCCUGACCAAACUGAACCUUUUGAAUACACUGCUUUCCACAAUUAAUCCUCCUCUUUCGCAUUAUUAUUUUCUUUCUCUUGUGUCGUUGGAUCUUCAGUGGAACACUAUAGAUUCCGAUUCUCUUCCGGAUUGGUUGUUUAACGUUACUGGCCUUGUCGAGCUUCGGCUCGAUGGAAAUGGCUUUCGUGGGCCGAUACCCCAAGAGUUUGGCGAGCUGUCAUCUUUGACAGGGACGAUUUCGGAUGGUAUUACUACUAAUCUUUGCAAUUUGAAGUAUUUGGAUUUGUCUGCCAAUGAUUUCAGAGGACGAAUGCCCGAGUUUGGAGCUGAUCAAAACAGAGGAGAAGGUUAUUGUUUAGGGGAUGUACAGAUUUUUGGAGCUUCUCACAACUCGUUAACCAGACCAAUCCCGGCUUCAUUCAUCUUGAAUGAAAGCAUCCCUUUGAGCUUGGGACGUCUUUCGAAUCUCGAAAAAUUGGACGUCUCGAACAAUUCUCUUUCUGGGCAGGUUUAUUUCUCUAAUUUGUUAAAGCUGACCGAGCUUUCCAACAGCUUAGUUUUCGACGUGGGCACGAACUGGGUGCCGCCUCGAGAAGAUAGAUCUAACUUCCUGCAACUUGGGACCUCUGUUCCCAUCAUGGCUGAAAACCCAGAAAGACUUGAGAAUGACGAGUUGACUUAUUGGUUCGCCACGUCAUAUUCUCACGACAUGUCGGGAAACAACGUCAGUGGACUAUUAUUACCAAAGUUGGAGGACUUUCGUCGUUUGAUAUUAAGACUCGAGAUUCCACGUGAGUACUGCAUUCCAGAGAUAGUCAACGGCAUUGGCAUUGAGAGACGGUACACUAAGACGAUGCCCUUCCUCACGUCCAUAGGAAAACACGUCAACUCAACUUGUCGUAUAACAAGUCCGAGCGGGAGCCAGCUGGCGACUAUUGGGGCAUGGGCUUACCAAGGCAACGAGGGGCCACAAGCGAGGAGGUGCCCUUCCGAGGAUGAAAACUACGGUGAUGGUGAUUCCUUGUUUCCAUGGUUUUAUGCAGGGAUCGGGCCGGGCUUCUUGGUGGGCUUCAUGGUGGUUUGUGGGGUUUUAAGUUUCGUC